AUGUUUCACCAGCAACAGAACGGAGGGGGUGGAGGGAAUGGCGUGCCGAAUGCGCAGCUCGAAGACCGUCUCCGAAAUCUGAUACUGGCCAACAAUGAAGCCACGCAGGUUCCCUCCGCUGCUUCUUCCACCGGUGCAAGCCUUGCCCCUCCUCUGGAGCAUGGCGAGCCAGCUUCAACGGACACUGCCAAACCUGGCCAGCCCUCGGUUUCUCCACGGUUUGCGCGAAAGCGGCCAAACCAAGCUCAGCGUAGGCAAAUGUCCGCGCAGCUCUCAGUUCCUGUUGCCUGGCAGUCUACUUCUUCCCAUCCUGUUGGGGGUUAUGCCAACACGCCGCCAUACGGCCAACAUCAGUCCCAUCCCCGUCACCAGCACAACAACCUGAACAGCCAGAGUGGCUACCAGCAUACAUAUCAACGCCCUCAGUCUGCCACCAUACGUCCGUCACAGUACGGCAAUGGCCACAUGACAUCGACAGGGUUUCCUGCUGGCGAAAAUGCGUAUCCUUCUCAGCCUCGUCACCAACAGUCGCAGUCGUACCAAGGGCCCGUGACGUAUGAGGACCCGUAUAACUGGAGGUCUCACCAGCCGGUCGCUUCCUCGUUCAACAAUCCAUCGUCGAGAAACUCACGACCUCCUCACAAUCCGAAUGGUCGCCUGUACCACGCCAAGCCCGAAGACGUCGAGGCACAGUCCACUUUGCUGGAGAGCCUCUGUGAGCAGAUCCUCGCUUCUGCAGAGAUCGAGCCGGCCGAAAUCCAGGAAAAAGAGAACUUCCGUGCACACAUCGAGCUCCUGUGCCAGGAUGCUCUUGCCAAAUAUGAGCAUGAGGUCAACUGCAGAGCCGAUUUUGCUCCUCUCAGCGUGCGGCUGAAAUGCUUUGGCAGUUUAGCGUCCGGUUUUGCAACCAAAGCAUCGGACAUGGAUCUUGCUAUUAUCUCGCCUCUGUCUGUUCCUCAGCCGGAUUCCUCUGAAUCGCCCAUCCCUCGACUCAUCGAAAAGGCUUUCUUGGAAGCUGGUCUGGGAGCACGGCUUCUCUCUCGGACACGCGUUCCGAUCAUCAAGCUAUGCGAGAGUCCACCCGAGCAGCUGCGUAUUGACCUGCUCGACGAGCGUGCAAAAUGGGAGAAAGGAGUGCUUCCUGAGCAUGACGACCUAGACGCCGAUGAUGAUGCGGUAGAAGAUUCUGAGCCUUCCACGGCCCGCGCCGGUGAUCAUUCUGCCGGGGACGGCAAGCCAAAGCAUGCCCACAAGGAAUCAGACCUGGACGACGAGCACCAUGGUGAGGGUAGGUAUGGUCAGAGUCUUGGCGGUCUCAAGCAGCCGGCCAGCCAGAGCCUGGGCAACUACUACGCCACAGCGAAACGCCUUCUGAGGAAAAUAGGAGGGCGCGACAUCACGCACUCAACUGCUCGAGAGUUUGCCGAAAAGGACCUGAAAAUCUUAACCGACGUUUGUCAUGCGUUUGUGUCCGGCCUCGCGGACGAAAACCUAAAGGGUCGUCUCUGGGAAACCAGGUCCUUGGCAACGUCCGACACGCCUUCGCAGCUUAAUUACCGCUCGCUGUACGGCGUGUACAUGCAGGUAGAGGGUGAACGGCUGGCGAUGUUGUGGGACUCGCGCGAGAUUCACGAGAAAGAUGCUCACCAAGAGGACGAUGCCUGCAACAGGAUUCGAGCCUGGAAGGAGCUUCAAAACAAGCCUGGGUUUGGCGUCGAUCUACUUACGUACAACAAGGAGCUACAGGUAGCCGUUGAGAGUCUGAAGAGAAUUGCGUCUCUUCAAAUCAUCACGCUGGAGCAGGGCCAGUUUGAGCCGGCUGCUCAGUACUACGACAGGACCAACAAGCUGCUUCUACACAUUGGGGGCAGGGAUACCAGUGCCCCUAGCAAUGCCGUCCUGCCAUUGAUUAUCCGCCACUACGUAUCUGGAAUUUCGAAUGCCGACAUCCGGGAACAGGUGCAAGAAUUUUCCCAGUCUAUGGACAAGCCCAGCUUGCGAGUCGUGGCGAGAAGACACAAGAGCCUACAGCUUGCGGUUGAGUUCGAGAGGGCCAUUGGGAAAGGCUACUACGAUGCCAGCAGCACAGAAGACAUUGAGGCGUAUAUCAGCGUGCUUCGGAUGCCUCUGCAGAAGUGUGAUCUACCCGGUCGUCGGUUCGACUAUCUGAUUCCUCGAAACUCGGAUACGGCGGCAAUUAUCUCGCGGGCAGGUCUGCUAGCCGACCCGUCUAAACUGGCGCCAAACCAGCCACGCGACCCCUAUCGCGACCGACUUGAGUUUCCCAAGACCGGGACGGGUGUGCAAUGCGACAUCAACUUCUCGGCACAUCUCGCACUCCAGAACACUCUGCUUCUUCGCUGCUAUUCGCAUACGGACACCCGGGUGCGGCCCAUGAUUCUGUUUGUGAAACACUGGGCGAAAAUACGAGGCAUCAACACGCCGUACCGUGGGACGCUUAGCAGCUACGGCUACGUGUUGAUGGUGCUUCACUACUUGGUGAACAUUGCGCAGCCUUUUGUUUGCCCCAAUCUGCAGCAGCUUGCCAAGCCGGUCCCGGAAGGCCUCUCGGCCGACGAGAUAGAGGACACCGUGACGUGUCGAGGGCACGACGUGCGUUUCUGGCGCGAUGAGGAGGAAAUCAAAGGUCUGGCCAUGAGCAACAUGCUGAACCAGAACAAGGAUUCUGUCGGACACUUGCUGCGUGGGUUCUUCGAAUACUAUGCGCAGAACAACUUCAUGAGCACGGUCCCGUGCCGUGGCUUUGACUGGGGCCGAGACGUGCUGAGCCUUCGCACGCCGAGCGGCCUGCGGUCAAAGCAGGACAAGGGCUGGACGGGGGCCAGGACGGUGCUCGAGGUACGGGACCAAGCAGCGAUGCCUCCAUCUGCCGCUGAUCAGCCGCCGACCAUUUCAUCACAGGUUGAUAGUAUGGCGAGUGUUGCUGGGUCUGGAGGCGAUCAGCAACCGCUUCAGUCAUCCUCCGAAGCGAAAGCGGGACAGACAGCCUCGACCAGGAGUCCCAAGAUGGCCAAGGCAGUCGAGAUGAAAGAGGUGAAGCACCGGUACCUGUUCGCCAUUGAGGACCCUUUUGAGCACGACCACAAUGUGGCUCGCACGGUGACUCACAGCGGCAUUGUAGCGAUCCGGGACGAGUUCCGGCGAGCGUGGCGGAUUAUCAAGAACCUGGGCAAGAUGGCCGACGAGAAUCUGUUGGAGGACGUGACGGACAACAAGGCGAAGGAACGCGAUCACUUUGCGGAACUGCUGAACGACAUCCACGGACCAGAGCUGUCUCUGCACUAG